AUGAAGGGCGUCUGGCUCCACCUUUCAAAAGGGAAAAUCUCCUCCAUCCCCUGUAUCGUUCUCCUGGAACCAAUUCCCAUGUGAAGAAGUCUGGGGAUGCCGCAAUCUUCAAGAUAGACACCUUUUCUUCGUACCCAGGACAAAGAGUUCACGACCCCUUUUUAAAAGUAGAAUCCAAGGGGAACAUGGAACACUCACAACUGCUGCACU